CUCAAAUUACAAAUAUGCAAAAAUUGAACAAUGAAUCAUAUCCGAUAGAAUAUGUGAUAGAAGCUUAAAGUUCAAAAGCACCUAGUUCCUAGGAAUUUGAAUUUGAAACUCAAUCAUUUACUAGCAAGGAAGAUUUAUUAAAUAAUUAGAACUUUAAACCAUUUUUAUAAGAAAGAGAUUCUACAGGAAAAUUAGUAGGAAAAGAUAAAAAAUUACACUUUCUUAAAGGUUAAUAAAUAGUGCUUUAAACAUCAGGCUCUAAGAGACUAUAAGUAAAAUUAAUUUUAUUGUAAUUAGUUUUCAACAACAUCAAUUUUGGGUCUUAACCCUAGAACUGUAACAGCAGAUGAUAGAAGAUUUGCAAAACGAGAACCAUUAAAGAAUUUUAAAUUAAAUUUACAAGCAGAUUAAGGGUUUAUCAAACAGUUUAGAGAAAUAACAAAGCAUAUAAAACCAUAAUCAUAAAUGAAUAGUGGAUUUUUAGGACCUCAUAGAGACUAUUAUUAUAAAACAGUAUUUAGAAAAUUCAAUAAAAUAAGACAAAAACUCCAGGUCCAGGAGUAUAUUAAUCUCUUUAUAUAACAGCUUCAAAUCCAAUAGAAUUUCCAAAGAGUCCUUAAAUAAGUAGACUUACAUAACCAAAUUGCAGUAAAGACUUUUAUGAUUUUAAUAUGGUUCAGAAAAACAUUUCUGGACCAUCAUUUGUAAAGACUUAGAGCAGAGAUAGUGCAUAUUAAAGAGGAAUAUUUGCAUAAAUUGAAAUAGAAAAAAGAUAAACUUUGAAAUAAAAACCUGAAGAAUAUGAUGAAUAAAGAAUUGAUAGAGAAAUAGAUUAUUUAUUGCAAUAACAAUAAAAAUAUGGGAAGUUGCGUAAUAAUUAUAAUAAUUAAAUGAUUAGCAUAACCUAAUUUAGCUUGGCCAAUUCCUUUAUAAAAAAUAGAAAUGCCAGAUAAAGUACAUGGAUAAUGGACUAAAAUGCUGUAUAUAUUAGUAAAUAUAUAAUAUUAGUGAACGCUAUGGAUUUAAGAAAUAAACUGGGGGUAGAUUAAUUAAGAAUACAACUUCUAUGUGAUUAUAAUAUGUCGA